AUGGACCCCACAGCUGGUGAGCUGGGCCUCCAGAAGAGAGGAUGCUGUCUGGUGCUGGGCUACAUGGCCAAGGACAAGUUUCGGAGAAUGAAUGAAGGCCAAGUAUACUCCUUCAGCCAGCAGCCCCAGGACCAGGCCGUGGUGUCGGGCCAGCCAGUGACACUGCUGUGCGCCAUCCCCGAGUAUGAUGGCUUCGUUCUGUGGAUCAAAGACGGCUUGGCUCUGGGUGUGGGCAGGGACCUCUCAAGUUACCCACAGUACCUGGUGGUAGGGAACCACCUGUCAGGGGAACAUCACCUGAAGAUCCUGCGGGCGGAGCUGCAAGAUGAUGCCGUGUACGAGUGCCAGGCCAUCCAGGCUGCCAUACGGUCUCGCCCCGCACGCCUCACCGUCCUGGUGCCGCCCGAUGACCCGGUCAUCCUGGGGGGCCCUGUGAUCAGCCUGAGGGCGGGGGACCCACUCAACCUCACCUGCCACGCAGACAACGCCAAGCCUGCGGCCUCCAUCAUCUGGUUGCGGAAGGGAGAGGUCAUCAAUGGGGCCACCUACUCCAAGACUCUGCUUCGAGACGGCAAGCGUGAGAGCAUCGUGAGUACGCUCUUUGUCUCCCCCGGCGAUGUGGAGAAUGGACAGAGUAUCGUGUGCAGAGCCACCAACAAAGCCAUCCCCGGAGGGAAGGAGACUUCAGUCACCAUCGACAUCCAGCACCCCGUCAUUAACCUGUCGGUGGAACCACAGCCGGUGCUGGAGGUCAACGCCGCCACGCUCCACUGUCCAGCUACAACUCCAGCUGCUGUCACCCAGUACAGGUGGGCCAAGAAGGGCCAGAUCAUCAAGGAAGCAUCCGGAGAAGUGUACCGGACAGCUGUGGACUACACGUACUUCUCAGAGCCUGUCUCCUGUGAGGUGACCAACGCCCUGGGCAGCACCAACAUCAGCCGCACGGUGGACGUCUACUGUGAGUGCAGCUGCUGGGGGUUUCCCCAGAUGCUCACGAGCCCCACCGCUGCUCUGUGGGAUCUGGGCUCUGAUGCCGUCUUCAGCUGUGCCUGGACAGGCAACCCAUCCCUGACCAUCGUCUGGAUGAAGCGGGGCUCUGGUGUGGUCCUGAGCAAUGAAAAGACACUGACCCUCAAAACCGUCCGUCAAGAGGAUGCUGGGAAAUAUGUGUGCAGAGCCGUGGUGCCCCGGGUGGGAGCUGGAGAGCGAGAGGUGACCCUGACAGUCAAUGGACCCCCCAUCAUCUCCAGCACCCAGACCCAGCAUGCCCUCCACGGGGAGAAGGGUCAGAUCAAGUGCUUUAUCCGGAGCACGCCGCCCCCCGACCGAAUUGCCUGGUCCUGGAAGGAGAACGUGCUGGAGUCCGGGACGUCGGGGCGCUACACGGUGGAGACGGUCAGCACCGAGGAGGGGGUCAUCUCCACCCUGACCAUCAGCAACAUCGUUCGGGCUGACUUCCAGACCAUCUACAACUGCACUGCCUGGAACAGCUUCGGCUCUGACACGGAGAUCAUCCGGCUCAAGGAACAAGGUUCGGAAAUGAAGUCGGGAGCCGGGCUGGAAGCAGCUCCCCAUGGAAUUGUCAUCGCACCCAUCCUGCUGAGGCUGCUGGGCAGUGCCUCCCUCUCUAGGCUCCCAGCAGCAAAGCGGUCAUCGGGCUCCCAGGAUUCAAUGGACCGGGGUGAAUUCCAACAAGACUCAGUACUGAAGCAGCUGGAGGUCCUCAAAGAGGAGGAGAAGGAGUUUCAGAACCUGAAGCCCGGCAGCCGUAGCCAGGGGCCUGAGCGGGUUGCCAGGGAGGCGCCGGCCAAGGACGAGGCGGGGCGCUGGGGUCUGCGGCGCCCCGAGAGGCCUCGGGGCGGACUGCGGGAGGUCCCCUCUCCGCCUCGGCCACCCCCACCCGGUUCCCACAGCCGCCAAGGCCAGCCCGGAGCCCGCGCCCACGACGCAUGCGCGCCCCAGCCUCGGCCACCGGCGCUGGGGGCGGGGCAGGCCGAGCGCAGUUGCCGCGGCGCCCGAACACCCGCCCGCGGGAGAAAGGCGCGCGUGUCUAAUUAA